GCAUUGUCCAAGAUAUAACAGUUGGUACAAAGCGGGGAUCUGACGAGCUCUUCUCUACUUGUGUUACUAACGGACCCUUUAUCAUGAGCAGCAACUCUGCUUCUGCAGCUAAUGGAAAUGACAGCAAAAAAUUCAAAGGUGACAGUAGAAGUGCUGGGGUCCCAUCACGAGUAAUCCAUGUCCGCAAACUCCCCAGUGACGUCACAGAGGCAGAAGUCAUUUCUCUGGGCUUACCUUUUGGCAAAGUCACCAAUCUUCUCAUGUUGAAAGGAAAAAAUCAGGCUUUUAUAGAAAUGAACACAGAGGAAGCAGCCAACACCAUGGUAAAUUACUAUACUACGGUCACUCCAGUCCUUCGAAGCCAGCCCAUCUACAUUCAGUUCUCCAACCACAAGGAGCUCAAAACGGACAACUCUCCAAACCAAGCACGUGCCCAGGCAGCUCUGCAAGCAGUGAACUCUGUCCAGUCUGGAAACCUGGCACUUUCGGCCUCUGCUGCAGCAGUGGAUGCAGGAAUGGCAAUGGCUGGUCAGAGUCCUGUCUUGAGGAUCAUUGUGGAAAACCUCUUCUAUCCUGUCACUCUGGAUGUCCUGCAUCAGAUUUUUUCUAAGUUUGGAACAGUGCUGAAAAUAAUUACAUUCACCAAGAACAACCAGUUCCAGGCCCUGUUGCAAUAUGCUGAUCCUAUGAGUGCACAGCAUGCCAAACUGUCUUUAGAUGGACAAAAUAUCUACAAUGCCUGUUGCACGCUGCGUAUUGACUUCUCAAAACUCACAAGCCUCAAUGUUAAAUACAACAAUGAUAAGAGCAGAGAUUACACACGGCCAGAUCUUCCUUCUGGGGAUAGUCAGCCCUCUCUUGAUCAGACUAUGGCAGCUGCUUUUGGUGCUCCAGGAAUAAUCUCUGCUUCUCCAUAUGCAGGAGCUGGUUUUCCUCCUACCUUUGCAAUUCCUCAAGCUGCAGGCUUGUCAGUUCCAAAUGUUCACGGAGCACUUGCUCCUUUGGCUAUCCCAUCAGCAGCAGCAGCAGCGGCUGCAGCAGGACGGAUUGCCAUUCCCGGCCUUACUGGGGCUGGGAACUCCGUUCUGCUGGUUAGCAAUCUGAACCCUGAGAGAGUUACACCCCAAUGCCUCUUUAUUCUUUUCGGCGUCUAUGGUGAUGUGCAAAGGGUGAAGAUCUUAUUUAAUAAGAAGGAGAAUGCCCUAGUUCAAAUGGCAGAUGGAAACCAGGCUCAGCUUGCCAUGAGUCACUUAAAUGGUCAGAAGCUUCACGGGAAGCCUAUCCGUAUCACACUGUCCAAGCAUCAGACAGUACAGCUUCCCCGCGAGGGACAGGAAGAUCAAGGGUUGACUAAGGACUAUGGGAAUUCUCCUCUACAUCGUUUCAAGAAACCUGGCUCUAAAAACUUCCAAAAUAUCUUCCCACCUUCUGCUACUCUUCACCUCUCAAAUAUCCCACCUUCAAUAACUGAAGAAGACCUCAAGAUGCUGUUCUCAAGCAAUGGUGGCAUGGUCAAGGGAUUCAAAUUCUUCCAGAAGGACCGUAAGAUGGCUCUGAUCCAGAUGGGCUCUGUGGAAGAAGCCAUUCAGUCGCUCAUUGACCUCCAUAAUCAUGAUCUUGGUGAGAAUCACCACCUGCGUGUGUCCUUCUCAAAGUCCACCAUUUAGAACUUUGGAAGGUGUGAGACCGAAUGGACCUGACUUAAAACCUCAUGGGUUCAGCCUUGACCUUAAAUGGUUGAACGCUAUGGGACAACUUCCAUCAUUCCAGAAAAAAAAGCCACUUUAAAAAUGCAGCUGAAGUGACCUUAAAGACCAGAGAUUUUAUUUUUUUAAAGAGAAAUCAGUUUACCGGUUUUUAAAAAAAUUAAAUCUAAUUCCUAUUGCUAACCUUGUGGUGAUGGGAUAACAAUCUCGAUGACUGUUCAAACAACAACAAAUAAAUCACAAGUUAAAGUUUACACUUUGGAAACUACUCUGGGAAAUUUCCCUUUCCCCCCAAAAAACGAUCCUAACAAGCUUAUCAGGUUUCACAUUGAUGCCUUCUUUAUUUUCUUUACCCAUUCAAGCCUUGGAAGACCCAAAACCACUGUGCAAAUUCACUUUAGCGCCUUUGAGUCAGGAUCUUGCAACGUGCAUGGUGUGUGGGAGUUCCCAACUCACCCAGCGCAAAGGGCCUAGGCCCUGAGCCGUGCAUCUGCUAUCCUGUGCCUUAAACUUUUUCUUCUUAUUGGGAGGGGGAAAAUAUUACCUGAAAUGUUGGGAUUGGCUUGGGAAUGUUGAGGGAAAUGAGUUCUAGUUAUUGGAUCAGCUCAUUGUAACGAAGGACAAGUGAAGCUGGCAAAGUGGAUAAAGAAAAUAUUGGGCUUUGACUCCUUAGGCAGUUACUGAGUGUCCCACUGUCCAUGAGAUGUCUCAAUCUGCAUAGUAUCAUGUGUAAUCUUGCCACUGCUCCAAUCUGUGUGUGGUUUGAUUUCCAUCUGUGCAUUCUUUCAGGUGGGCGUUAAGAUGCUUUGUUUAUAACAUUCAAACUGAGCAGAAAGGUCUGGGUGAGGAAAACGCUCCCACGACCCAUUUACAUUCCAGCAACUAUAGCAAGUUGACAGGCUCUCCUUUCAUUAGAGCCUUGAUCAAGCUAUGAAAAUUAACCACUGUUGGACACUUGUGAAGAAAA